UGAGCCACUAAAACCGAGAGAGGCCGACAGUGAUCACUGGCUUUUUAUGGACUAGUUCAGAUUAAAUACAACAAGAUACAAACAUGUUAAAAACACAACAGCCUUAAUAAACUCAGAGUAGUUUGGACCGGGAUGCAGGGUUCAAACGCCAUCAUUUAACAGCCUCGCACUUCCGGCCUGCGAAGGCCAAGUACGUCGAAGGAUGCGGCCCCUGAGUGGCUGAGUUCCACAUUUCCGCCUGUAGGUGGCGAUGAUGCAGCCGCAAGUUGGUUACCACACAAACAUCAAGAACUAAAGAAGAAAAUCGCCGCGUACUGUUCUGUUUCAGCGGUGUGGUUCCGAGUUUUCUUCAAGGAUACGGUGACUGUUACCGGGCCAUGGAUAGCUCGUACCGCUCAGACACUUCGGGCUAUAACAGCCGCUAUGUGCACUCGCAGUACAGUCACCCCGGGCUUCACGAAGCGCGGGAGCCGGACCUCACGGUUCCACCGUGGACGCCUCCGCCGGCUUACGACGCUCGUCCCUUCGGUGUGGGUUUCACGGGACCACCUUUUGCCCAGCCUUAUGGAUUUGACCCCUCUGUGCCCCCGCCUGGUUUCGGCUGCCCACCCCCCGGACACCUCCUGAACGUGCCACUCCCAAGCAUCCCCGGAGCCCCCCAGGAACUCCAAACACGGCCUCACGCUCCUCGCUGUGACCGUGAGCUAGCGUCAAAUCGCAGCCACACGGAGCACCGCGGCCCGGUAGCGACACGGGAUCCGGACGAUGAUGUGACCCGGCAGAGGAAGCAGGACACGAAAUGGGUCAGACAGUUCUUACAGGCCACAGGGAAGAAGAGCUGCGGGAGGCUACAGAGCCAGCACUCGCCGCAACUGAGCUCCAUCUCCUCCCUCAGACAGGCUCUGUACGGGGCAGCUCAGCUCAUUUCACGGCUGGAAGACCUUUGUCACACUCUGACUCACUCUCUGCACGGUGACGGUGAGUGGACGCGCUCAUACUUAAGGGCUUUAGGCAUCAAGGCAGAGCUGGCGGACAAAGCCAGACUUCUCGCCGACACCUCACGGUUAGGUGAGCUGAAGGCUCAAGUGUCCCGGGCUGCUUGCAGGAGGCUCCGCAGACUCAGAGCCAGGAGAGAAGCAAAGACGGAGGAGAAAGACGCGGAAGAGCGCAGGUCUCUCAAAGAGACCGCUGUAGACAAAUGGAGGAUGAAACUGAUGCAGGAAGUGGAGGAGAAGAAAAAGGAGAAGGAACUGAAGAUGGCUGCAGACUCUGUCCUUUGUGAAGUUAGGAAGAAGCAGGCGGAUGUGAAGAGGAUGCAGGACAUCCUGAGAUCCCUGGAGAAGCUGCGUAGGCUACGGAGAGAAGCGGUAUCCAAGAAAGGUGGGAGUAGGUGUUGUAUCGAGCUGGAUGCACUCUCAGAGUGGACUCUCCCCCUGUCUAUCAGGUUGCAGCAAACCUGAAUCUUUCUUAUUAAU